AAUUAUUUUUUAUCUUGUAUUUUGUAAUAUUAUUAUAUAGCUGAGCUUAAUUAUUUUAUUCGCCGCAUAGAGUCAGGUGGAAAGCUGUUAUGUACUAGAGUAUUAGUGGGGUGUCCAAUAGUAGUAAUGUGUAAUAUAUAUUUUUUAUUACUACUUCGCGGCGUUUAAAGACACUAGUGUAAGUGCAAGUGUUUAUCUCUUGACAAGGCGCGUACUCUCAUUUACUUCGAAUACUCCGAGUGGUAAACACUGAUUUAAUUGAUGUUUUUUUUUUAAUUAUUUUAUUUAAAUAACAAUGAAAUAUAUUGUCGCACUUGAUGUCGGCACUACGACUAUUAGGUGUCAUAUUUUAGAUAAUAAAGCUGUUACAAUUGCUUCUGCUGCUGAAAAGGUCGAGUUACUUUAUCCAAAAGCCGCGUACGUUGAAAUAAAUCCGGAUCAGCUCUGGGAGUCAAUUAUUAAAGUUUUAAAAGAUGCUGUUGAUGCGAGUAAAAUAGACGUGAAAUUAAUAGCGUGUCUUGGAAUAUCAACCCAACGUAGCAGUUUUAUCUCGUGGAACUUUGAAACGGGGAAAAAUUACCACAGAAUAAUAACAUGGAAGGACUUGAGAGCAGACUCAAUGGUACGUGAAUGGAAUUCAUCAUUAACAAUGAAGAGUUUAAGAAUGGGUGCUCAUAUUCUCUAUACAUUGUCACGCAAUAAAAGAUUUCUCGCUGGCAGCGUAUUAAAAUUGAUGAAUACUCAGACGACCUUGCGCUUGAUGUGGGUCUUGCAAAAUAUUCCUGGACUAAGAGAAGCUGCUCAGAGUGGAAAAGCUGUUUUUGGAGGCGUUGAUUGCUGGCUUCUUUAUAAAUUAACUGGCAAACACAUAACCGAUGUAUCAAACGCCUCAGCAACGGGACUGUACGACCCAUUUACGAUGAGCUGGGCGCAAUGGGCGAUGAAUUUAUUUAAAAUACCCUCGACGAUGUUCCCAAAAGUCGUUGACAAUGCAGGAGAUUUCGGUACUAUUCCAAAAGAUAUUUUAGGUGUAUCAAUACCUAUUCGAUGUUGUAUGGCUGACCAAGCGGCUUCGUUAUUCGGGUCAACUUGUUUCGAGCCAGGUGAUCUUAAAGUAACUAUGGGAACCGGUAGUUUUUUAAAUGUCAAUACCGGCAAAGAGCCUCACGCGUCAGUUGCUGGGCUGUAUCCUCUGGUGGCCUGGAAAAUAAAUUCUGAGAUUGUUUAUAUGGCUGAGGGGGCUUCCAGUGAUACUGGAACUGUUAUCGAAUGGAUUAAAUCGAUAGGCAUUAUUAAGGAUCCAAGUGAAAUGUCUGAGUUGGCAAAUUCUAUUGAAGGUUCUGAUAUUUAUUUUGUACCUGCAUUUAGUGGAUUACAAGCACCAAUAAAUGACCAAGCAGCGGCUACAGGGCUAAUUGGGCUAAAACCAACUUCAGGACGUGCUCAUAUUGUACGAUCAGUACUGGAAGGCUUAGUAUUUCGUAUUCUACUUUUGUACGAUUCAUUAUGCACAGAAACUAGUCGUAACUACAAUAGCAUUAGGGUAGAUGGAGGAGUAUCCCAGAGUGAUUUUAUAUUACAAUUAUUGGCUGACCUCACUGGUUUGCCUGUCGAGCGGGCGAUGAGUCCCGAAAUGUCUAUACUCGGCGUUGCUUUUCUUUCCGGUCUUCAGUGUGGUAUUUGGGAGACUCGCGAAGAAGUGUGUAAAUUAAGACAAGUUGAUAGGGUUUUUCAGCCAGAUAUAAAACGAGGCAAGAAUUAUUUAUCAGUAGUUCAUCAAUGGAAACUUGCUGUACAGCGAUUCAAAAAUUGUGCCUUAAAGCAAUAAGAUUGACUCAAAGCUAGAAUAAGAUUUAAAGCGAAGAAAUAAAUUAUUAAAAAAUAA